CAGGGAGAAGGGAUGAUCUGUGGACUAAAGUCCAAAGCUCAAGAGAAUGAUCUACUAUAAAUUUGUCUGAUGGCUGGUAAAUUAAUGAGAUGGUGGCAGCUUUGGAGAAGGUGAAACAAAAGCCAGACAACAGGUAUCAUGAGCUCCACGCAGUCAAACUCCUCUGCAAAUGUGACCUUUGCUCGUCCUGCAACAUUUUUCAUAAAUGGCUUUUUUAAUAUCCCACAUGCAAAAUAUUACUAUGUGUUCUUGUCUUUAGUGUAUGUUGUGACUGUUUUAGGGAAUUUAUUUAUCAUGUGUAUCAUUUAUUUGGCCCGCAGACUUCACACAGCCAAAUACAUUGCUGUUUUCCAUCUGGCCUUUUCUGAUCUGUGUGGAAGCUCAGCUUUGAUUCCAAAACUCAUAGACAUGUUUUUAUUCGAGCACCAGGACAUUUCAUAUGAUGCAUGUUUGGCAAAUAUGUUUUUUGUAUUUCAUUUCAUGAAUCUGCAGUCUUUGACACUACUUGUUUUGGCUUAUGACAGACUGGUUGCUAUUUGUUUUCCUCUACAGUAUCAUGUCAUUGUAACCAAACCAGCAAUGUUUCUGAUCAUAGGGGUGAUGUGGAUUUUUUCUGUCACUUUUAUUUCUUCAAUGGUGAGUUUAAUCACAAGACUCUCUAUUUGUAGAUCUAAUGUAGUCAAUAGUUAUUUUUGUGACCAUGGCCCUAUUUAUAGACUAGCUUGUAAUGAUAAUAGCAUAAAUAUUACCAUGGCAAAUAUUUGCUUUGGUCUCCUGGUUUGUAUGCCACUGAUACUGAUAAUCAUUUCAUAUUUCUGCAUUGCUUUAGUUCUGCUUAAAAUUGCUCAGGGUGCUGACCGGAUCAAAGCAAUGAAAACCUGCACGUCACAUUUCAUGUUGGUGGCAAUUUUUUAUGUGCCGCUUUUAGGUAUUAAUAUUGCAGCUUUAGCAACAUUUAUCCAUCCAAAUGCGCGGAUAAUUAACAAUUCCCUGACACAGACAAUACCACCAAUGCUGAAUCCCAUCAUAUACACUCUAAAGACAGAAGAGGUCAUGCAGUCCAUAAAAGAUCUGUACAAACGCAAAAAGGUGAACACUAGGCUACUACAGAACAAAAGGGUAAAUACAAAGGGUUAAUAAAACAGUUUGAUUUUAUUGAACUGUUUUAAGGAAUCUGUAAUUUUGUUUACUAUGACUAUCCAGUUGGUUAUACAGUCUGUUAAGAGCAUUAAACAAAUAGUUAAUUUGACAGAACUGACUGACCUGUGUGUUCAGAUGUUGUCGAAAAUAAUCUCAGCCUUCUCACGUGCGAUUAAAGAAAUCACUCAAAAUAUUUAUAAGGUCACAGAAUUUAGAAUUUGCAUUGUAAUGCAGUUGCAAUGUAUUGUAAUGAAUGGCCAAUUAUGAAUUGAACUAAAGGAAUAAAUGUACUUAACUUUGUUAAAUGAGUGAAAUGUUUGUUUGAAGUGCA